CUAUUUUAUUACAGGAUGUUUAAGUUCGUAAUAACUAUAUUCUUGAUGAAAUCAAGCUUUGUCAUGUCAUCUUACUAUGGAAUUGAAGAUCAACGAUCCUCUUUCAUCAUCACAACCGAUGACCACAAGCUUGUUGGUCAAACCAUCCACAAAAGGAAAGCUACUGAUGUCUUUGAUUGUGCUCUCUGCCUGAUUGGUGACCAGUGCAAGUCGUUCAACUUCAAUGAAGAGAGUGGAGACUGUUAUUUGAACGGGCGAAGGGCAAAAGAUAAAGAGCUUGUGCAAGCGUAUGGCUUCAUCUAUGGAGAAAAGAAUCCCUGUGAAGCCAAACCAUGUCAAAAUGGAGGCGAGUGCAGCAUUGAGGACAACAAUCAAGGUUACCAAUGCAAGUGUAAGACUGGAUUCAAAGGAAAUAAUUGCCAAGCCACGUGCAACAUACCAGUUGGAAUGGAGAGCGGAAAGAUUCCCGACUCAAGCAUCACAGCCUCUUCUCAAUGGCACGACUACUUCCGCAGCUACCACCCAGGUAAAUGUGAUAUUCCUUGUAAAGUCUCUUCAAAAAUUCAUACAUAA